AUGCCGUCGUGGCCCCGGGUCGUCGGGACCGCCCACCGAUGCUUGGCGCUUGCCGCUGCGCUCUACGUUGCCAUCUCAGCGCUGCGCAACGCGGCUGCUUGCAACGCCGUCCGACUCGGUGCAUUCGAAGCGCCCAAGCUGGCCAACGUCUACACGAGCGGGCUCGUCCUGGCCUUUCUCCUUGACAUCGCCGCCAACAGCACGACAAGCUUGCCCCGCGCACCGAUUCUGUACCUUAAUGAAGGCGCGCAAGCGGCGCCAUAUACGAUCCGCACCGACAGCUGCAUGUCAUAUCUCGAUGGCUCGGACCUGCUCUACAAUGCCUCGGUGGCUCUGCCCCUCGUCGCCAGCAUUCUUCCAUCCACGGGGUAUUUAGUCGUCGACUGCUCGUACACGGGGCGGGUGCUCGGCGAUACGACGGCUUUUAAGGUGUAUGUCAUCGACGAGCACACCGUCACGACUGUCUACGUCCAGACCAUGGGCCUCCGCCGCCCCAAGGCGCCGUGGCAGACCUCGUGCGCUACGGCAACGGUGCUGUCGGCGCCGUUGGCAUCGCUUUCGCUCCUCGAAUCCAACGUCUCGUCGUACCGGUCGUUUGUGAGUCUCGGCUUCCCGUACGAAGUCAAUAGUAAUUUCCAAGAGGUCCUCCUCGACCCGAUCACCGCAUUCGUCGGGAGCUGGUCGGCCACGGUGAUUGCAACAAGCGAGCGCAUCGUCGUGGCGGGCACCGAGGGCAUCUACCGCAUAUCACCUACCGUGCAAGCCAGCAUGGAUUCGUACGUCUGGCUGCUUCCAGCGAGUCCCGUCGACUUCAUUCAGGCCACUCAGUACACGCAGGUCGGCCACGCCAUCGACAAGUCCUUCGCGUGGGCGCGCUGUCUCUUGUCAGCGACCUUUGGCCUCCACCUUCUCUGGUACUUGGCCUUAUCGGUCGUCAUUGCUUGGCAGCGCUACCAGACCCACUCCUACCUCUGGAUACCCGACCUCUACGCGUGCGUCUUGCUGCGUGCGCGGCAGUAUACGCUUCUCUGGCUCUGCAUCAGCGCUAUAGACCGUGGCUGGGAGCUCCUCGAGUAUGCAAUAGCGACCGGCAAUGCGCAGCAGGGGUGGAGCGCCACGUUCGUGCUGCCCGACAUGGUGUUUGGCGACCUCUUGGUCGUCUACCUCAGUCUCCUCGACGCCGUCGCCUCCGUCGCCCACGCCCGCCUUCACCUCCACGUCGCGGUUGUCCUAUUUCUCGUCGGCUUUGUGCGCCAGGCAGAGCUUUUGGUCGCCGUCGACCUCGAGCGAGCGGCCGCCAGCGCCUUGCUGCGCGCCAACUACUUGGCCAACGUCCAAGUGGUCGCGCCGCCGACAAGUAUGACGCUGUGGACGGUGCACAUGUACCCGACGACGCCGACCGCCCUUCUCGUCGCGAGUUACGCGUGGUUUUUCGUGGCUAUCGUCGUCGGGUGCUGCUACAUUGCGGCGCAGCGUCUCUACGAGCGAUGCCGCAGAAGUAAAACCGGAGGCGCCGUCGAGCCGUCCUCGAGGACCGCGAGUUUGGCGCCCGCCAUUGCAAUCAAGCGGGCGAGUAUCGUCCCAUCGCUCUCGGCCGUCUGCGAAGCCAGCCACGAGACGGGCACUUCGCGGCGCGGACCAACCUGUGCGAGCUUGGCGCUAGCGUCGCAGCCACAACCGUUGUCAUGGGCGACGGUGCUUGAGGCGGCGGUUCCGAGCGCCGCCCGAAAUCUAGUCGGCCUCGUCGCUCCGACCACCGACCAGAUAGGCAGCGAGCUCUCGCCGUCCGAGCUUUGGAGCCAUGGCUUCGUGCUGCUGCGGCGCUCGUACCUCGUGUCAAUCCACGACGUGGGUUGGCUGGCGCUCAACGUCCUCUGCGGACGCCCCGUCGCCCGCGUCUACGGCUACCACUUGCACGCAUGUACAUGCGGCCUCGAGCUGGUCGACGUCCUUCGUUGGUCGCAACUCUUGGAGCUGCACCUCGACGCACCGCGCCCCAGGGAUCCGCAAUUCUAG